AUGGUGGAGAUGAUAUUUUUGGUGACAAUAGCCAUAAGCAUGGGUGCAAUAAUGAAUAUGAUAAUUAUCGGAAUAAUGAUGGCCAUGGGGAAGAUGGUGAUGGAAAAGAGGGUGAAGAUCAUUUCCAUGGUUGUGCUCGUCUGCGAAAAAAUCAAAAUAGCGAAUUUAGUACUCGGAAAGAACAACAAGUUCGAAUACUCAAACAGCAGUAUCAGAGAUAUUCAUAAUAGAAUGUGGCUUGAAAAGGAUGCGUAUGGGUUGAAAUCGAAUCUAAUAUUUGCCAUGCUAUCGAUUGUAGUUGGCUCGAUUCUACUCGUAUUCAUCUGCGUGUUCGGUAAGAACUGUCGAGGGACCGGCUUGAACAAUGCAACCGUUAUUAGGACGAGAAAUAACGUAAUAAUCGGUCGAAGAGAUCAACUCUAUGACGUCAUAAGUUUCCCCCCAACAGCAGUUAGCAAUUUCGAUUCGGUCAUUCCGUACACUUCCUCCCCGCCAUCUUACGAUUCUCUCGAUCCCAAAAAUCCUCCCAGCUAUUCGAAAAUCUUCACGGUGGAGAGCGAAUUGUUGAGGAGAAGUUCCGACUCGACCGAACAAGGAGUUAUAUCCGGCGAUAUAAAUUCGACGGUUCGAAGCGAUAGUGACAUGGUCGAUGGAGGAUGUUGCAGGAAUGACUUGCUGAUCAAUGGCACUCACCCGGUGUUAGUGAAUGACGUCAUAAUACCUGAUGAUACCGAAGUAUCGAUUGGCGAUGCGAUCGUGAAUACCGAGUCGAAUAAUAACGAUAACCUCGGAGCUGACAAUGUUGAUGGCUCGAAAACUGUUGACCUAAAUGGCUGUGGUGAUGAUGUUACUAGGUUGCAUGGAAAGAGUAAUCGAAUUUGUAAUGUUAUGUGA